AAUCAUUAUAUUGUCACCAUGCAUAACACUUCUUCUUCUUCUUCCUCAUUCGGGCCUAGUGGGUUAGACCUGAGCCAGACGACCUUCUUCAAGCCCAUUCCUAACACUGCUCCACCGUCUCCCACCAAGCGCCACACUAAGAUCUCCGUCGUGGGAGUGGGAAAUGUGGGCAUGGCCGUCGCCCAGACCAUCCUUACCCAGGGCCUCGCCGACGAGCUCGCUCUCGUCGACGCCAAGCCCGACAAGCUUCGCGGCGAAAUGCUGGACCUCCAGCACGCCGCCGCCUUCCUCCCCCGCACCAAGAUCCACGCCUCCGUCGACUACGCCGUCACGGCGGGGUCGGAUCUGAUCAUCGUCACCGCGGGUGCGCGACAGAACCCGGGGGAAACCAGGCUUAAUCUCAUCGAGAAGAACUGCGCUCUGUUCAAAACCAUCAUUCCUCCGCUGGUGAAGCACUCCCGCCAUAGCAUACUCAUGAUCGUCUCCAACCCGGUGGACAUUCUAACGUACGUUGCCUGGAAGCUGUCGGGGUUCCCGGCGAAUCGCGUCAUUGGGUCUGGCACAAACUUGGACUCUUCCCGCUUCCGCUCCCUCAUUGCUGACCACCUUGAUGUAAACGCUCAGGACGUACAGGCAUAUAUUGUUGGAGAGCAUGGGGACAGUUCAGUGGCACUGUGGUCGAGCAUUAGCAUCGGAGGGGUGCCAGUUCUGAGCUUCCUAGACAGGCAGCAAAUCGCGUACGAGAAGGAAACGCUAGACAACAUCCACAAACAAGUUGUGCAAAGUGCGUACGAGGUGAUAAACCUCAAAGGCUACACUUCUUGGGCAAUCGGCUACUCCGUCGCUAACCUAGCUCGAUCCAUUCUUCGCGACCAGAGAAGGGUCCAACCAGUCUCCGUGCUUGCUAGAGGCCUUCACGGCAUUCAUGGCGGCGACGUCUUCCUCAGCCUGCCGGCGCGGUUGGGGAGGAGCGGCGUAAUAGGCGUCGCCGACGUGCAUCUCACUGAAGAGGAAGAGCGGCGGCUCAACCACUCCGCUAACACCAUACUGGAGGUGCAAACCCAGCUCCGACUUUAA